UGUUUCUUGUUAGUCAUGUACAGUAUUUCACAUUUUCCACUGCUAAAAGUACAGGUAUGACUCAGUACGGGCAGGAAAAACCCAUGAAUCCUUAUGUCACCCCUUGUGUCUCCUUUUCCUUAGGAUGUUGAAGUUCAAUGAUUUCAAAAAUGUUUGACACUGUGUGAACAAACGUGGAAAAAAGACUAGUAGAUAAAUCAUUAUUUUCUUCCAGUUUCCCAAUGUUCAGGAACACAACCGAGAGGCUCCUCCCCACUGAGGACCCUCACUCAGAGCUGGAUUGGACCGAGUUGGACCCCUAUAACUGUACACUACUGUACAACUACACUGCAGCCUGGGACUGGCUCUCCACCUACCAUCCAGCCUACCUGGUUCUGCUCAGUGUGGUGGGCAUGUUGGCCAACGGCCUGGUUCUCUAUGUCUUUUGCCUGCAGAGAAAGCUAUGCACCGUGGCCGAUGUCUACCUGGGCAACCUGGCCGCUGCCGACCUGGUCAUAGCGUCCUGUCUACCCUUCUGGGCCGCUACCAUUGCUAACAGAUACCACUGGGCGUUCGGCGAGCCAAUGUGCAAGCUGGUCAACGUGGCCAUCUCCAUGAACUACUACUGUAGUGUUUUCUUCCUGGUGCUGGUUAGUGUCGAUCGCUACCUGGCUUUUGUCAGGCCCAUGUGCCAAAGCCGACUGCGGAGGGCGUCCUGGGCCAAGCGCAUCUGCCUGGGAAUAUGGAUCAUGGGGUUCCUGCUGAGUUUGCCCAUCCUGUUCUUCCGCAAGGUGAAAUACGUGGCCAAGGCUGGAGUGACAGCCUGCUACUUGGCUUACCCCCAUCCGGACUGGGAGAUUCAGCGCAAUAUCACCAAUAACGUGAUUGGGUUCCUGCUUCCUGUGAUAGUGGUGGCGUACUGCAGUCGCCACAUUGUGAUCGCUCUGAAAAAUGGUCAGAUCAGAAAAACUCCUGGUGUGAGGUCAGAGAGGAAGGCCACAAAACUGGUCCUGACUGUUCUCACAGUCUUCCUCAUCUGCUGGACACCCUACCAGGUGGUGCGCUUCCUGGACACGCUGGAUUACUUCCAGGUCACUCCAGGUUGCCUCUGGGGUCACAUUCUGGACAUUAGCAUACAGCUGUCCACAUACCUGGCAUACGCCAACAGCGCCAUUAACCCUUUCCUGUAUGUCAUUGUGGGGAGACACUUCCGGAAGAGAGCAAAAGAAGUGUUCAGGACAAUGUUAAACCGUAGAUUGACAGAGAAAUCGUUCCUGACGGUCAAUUUCACCUCAAGUGGAAAACUGGACACUCAAAGGAUACAAUGUAAACAACUAGUGAAACAAACUGUGAUGAUACAAUGUGAACAACUUGUGAAACAAACUGUGACGUGACAAGUGUCUGUCUUGAAGUCUGUCCGUUCGUCCAUCUGAACUGAUCCAGACUGAACAUUUAAUCUUCAUCUGUUUUUACUUUUAAAUUGUAAGUAUGUUCUUUCUUCUGAUCGGAUCGAUAUCCGUCAGUCGUUUGUGUGAGACCAAAUGAGGUGAACAAGUGAUCAGGGACCUCCAGAUGAUUUUUGUCUUUGUUAAACUUGUAAUUAUCGGAGGACAUCUGUUCCGAAUCAUUAAGACCUUUAUUAAUACAAAUAGUCCAUUUAUCUGUCUACAAUAUUCUACCUCGUAAGCAAUCGAACUCCUGUUUUAGUUCCUUUGUUGAUUUAUGGAGAAAUUCAGACUACAGACUCCAUUCGGGUGCACGACACUGAAGAUUUAUGCUGUAAUAUAGGCACUAAAUUACGACUGUCCAGUGUAGAAGAUUAAUCUAAAUGUGAUCUAUGAAGUCUUUUAUUGUCAUUGAGACCCUUUUCAUUUUGAUGGAGUGUGCCACUAUGAGAAAUGAUUCUCCCAGAGCAGGACUACGAAUGGGACGUAUUGCACUGUGAACUAAUUUAAAUGUAAAAGGUCAUAUUGUCCUUUAAAAAGCUCAUAUAAUUUUUGUUUUUGGCCACUAAAUCAAAAGAGGUUCUGGUUGAAAGGUCUGUAUUUCUUAUCAAUCCUGUGAAAAAAAUGUUUUUGUUAUUGCAUAAAAAUAACUUUUGUAUGUAUCAAAAUGCUGUCCACUACCGUGAUGACGUAAAUAAAUCAAUGUGGGGUUUGAGUACUCAACAGAGCUCUA